UGUUGGUGCAGGGACCAGAAGCGGUCGUUAAGUGCAGAGUCGUGCCCGUGGAGAGGAUGUGUUUACCGUCUGUCCAAGCAAGGUGCGGCUGGAGGACACUGUUGGAAAAGCGGCUUUGCUGAAACAAAGAGGGAGAACCAGAGGAGGCUCCGACCUGGAGGGUGCCUUAAGACAUAUUAAAAAGGAAUGGAGCGACGAAGAGCCUUAACUAUUCCAUUUGCAGACAAGGACAAGCUGAUGGAAAACCCACUGAAAAUCCCCGUGGCAUCCCUGCCAUCAGAGUGUGGAAAGUUAGAAGGACAGGUCUCCUGGACUGCAUUCGCUGAUUGUAAAUACAAAUCUCACAAUUCCAGGCAUAAAAAUGGGUCCACGGUGUUUAAUUGCAGUCACGCCGCUUUAAAAAGUCCUGAAAUGCUGAGGAAGAAGCCCCGUCUCAUCCUAACAGAUAUCUUAAAGACCGAACUGGGCAAGGACUAUAUAGAGAGGACGAAAAUGAGCAGCGGCUCUAGACGGCUCUCCAGCUCUCAAAAGGAUGAUGGUCGAUGCAAAGAGGAAGAUCAGCCCCGCAGCGGAGCCAGGACCAGUCAGGCAGAGGAGAGGAACAACAAGCGCAAAAGUGCAACCUCUAACGGCAAACAGGGGACCCCCACCUCUCAACGACAAGCGACGAGAAACAAAAAGCCACAAAAUGCUGAAGAGGAAGACAGUGACGGAGUCCAAGAUAUUAAAGAGGUGAUAAUCGGCAAAGACCACGAAGACGAAGAGGAAGAAAAGUUUGCUGAGGUUGUAGACUGUGGAUUGUCGCUGAGCUGGAGCCCCACUGAGGACACAGCCGCCUGUGAUGAGAUCUCUGUAGGUUUCACUAAAGACAAGCUGACCGGAUCAGAGCAAGAUGUUCAGCACAGUUCGAAGCGUAAAAGAAGGGAUCCUGGCCUGCAGUAUAAUGGAGCGCUGAGCCCGAAACGCAAGCGUGAGAGUGUGCUUCGUCGGACAGGAGGAGGAAAAGAUGGAGGACAGACCCCCAUAGCUUUUAGGCGGGAAGAAAGCGAGGAAGAUGUUGACCUGGAGAGUAUGGACCGGUGCAUUUUGCAGUUCACCGUCGGAGGAGAAGACGGAUUGCAGCCCCUGGUCCCGCUCAUCCCUGAAGUGGAACCUGAAGGCAUCAUCAUCGGCAGCAAUCUCAGUUUGUUGCCCAGGGAUGACGGCACAUCUCCAACUAGCCCCCCUGAUCCCAUUGUGUUGUCCAGCGACGAGGAGAGCAGCGAUGAUCCUAAAUGUCGCAGCAAAUUGGUGCGGAAAGUGGCGUCUUCUUCAUCCACGUAUAGAAGGUCUUCAAAGGAAGCUACCCCCCAACAUGACAAGGCUUCAGACACGGAGGAGGUGUUGCAGAUGCUUGUGGAAGAGAGUCCACCUCCAGCAGCAGCGUCUCCUGGCCCUGAGGACUACUCCUCUCUGAGUAUACCCUUCUUGUCCAUGUACUGCGGAUGUUACAGAGUGAGAGCAGAAGGAGGCCUCAUGAUUGCAAAACAUAGAAUUAUCAUCCCACUUAAAGCCACCAACGAGCAGCUGGGGAUGCUGACCUUUGAGCGCAAAGAGCUGAGGAGGUACAGCGUUUGGGAUCAGCAGGACCUGGAGGUUCGAGGGAUUCGAUUUGAAGAGGACGUGGCUCCUUCCCCGGCUGGUGUCCUGCUGUUAUACGUGACUGAAACUGUUGCUGAGACGAUGGAGCAGCAACUUUACCAGCUAUGCCUCAGCGAAGACGGACCCAUGGAUACCGGAAAGGCCAGUCCCAUCAUCCUGCUGACUCUCAAAGAUCCGUUGGAGGGGAUGGAGGGAGCUUUACUGCGCUCUGUGCUGGACAUUGACUGCAUCAACAGAAUUACUCUUGAACUCAGCGCAAACAGCAAUGUAGACGGACCUAGUAGUUUAUUAGACAUUGACUCUCCAGUGCUUUCUUUGGACGACAGCAUAAAGCUGAUCACUAGAGUCGGAGCGGACUCAAAUCUGCUCUCCAUACUUGGAAUUAAAAGCCCUGACUCUGACCUGAGUGAAGAACAGGACAGUUUCCAGUAUGAUGAAGACGAACUCCCCACUGCCCACAUCUGGGUGGAUACGAACUACGAGAAGGACGUGGAGCUGGAUGUUGACAUGGCAGCAGAAGAUGGAGAACUGGAAGAUGGACCAACAAAGGAGGAGGAGGAGGUGGAGGAGGAGGAAGAACCCCAGACUCCCCCAGAUAGCAAAAAGGAGGAAGCUAAGCCCGUGUACACAGUUUGCCAUCGUAGAAGAGAAGGAUCCUACUCUGUGUCUCUUUGCAAACCCGACUCCAAAUGGACUAAAUUUAGGUACCAGGGACUGACUCAAAGGUUGAUACAGUUUCCUCCGCCCCCGUUGAAAGGGGGAAUAACCGUAACCAUGGAGGAUCUUAAAUGCCUUGAUGCUGGGAAGUACCUGAAUGAUGUAAUCAUUGAUUUUUACCUGAAGUAUCUCAUCCAGAAUGCAUCUGCUGCCAUUUCUGAGCGCUCCCACAUCUUCAGCAGCUUCUUCUAUAAGCAGCUGACGCGCAGGGACAACGCCAGCGAAGGAGGCAGCAGUGACUCUUGUCAGAGGCAGAGGCGGCACCAGCGAGUGAAGACCUGGACACGUCACGUGGACAUCUUUAACAAGGACUUCCUGUUUGUGCCUGUCAAUCAAGAAGCUCACUGGUAUUUGGUCGUGAUUUGCUUUCCUGGACUGGAUGAGCCUCAGCUGGAGGACUGGGUGGGAGCGGCCCAGGAACCAGACGAGACCAAAGAAUGUAAAAGUUCAAACAAUCCUGCAGAAACGCUGGAGAGUUUGGACCCCAGCGUCAGCAUGGACGCCGAGACGGAAAACAGCCUGGAUACAGGGACCAAAGACCUGCCACCAUCUUGUCCAGUUAGCUGCACUGAACAGACGUGUCAGAGACGGACCGUCUGCAGAAGGCCGUGCAUUCUUAUCAUGGAUUCUCUCAAGCUUUCUUCUCACGAGCGGAUCUGCAAACUUUUACGAGAGUAUCUGCAGUCAGAAUGGGAGGUGCGCCGUGGAUCAUCCAGAGAUUUUGGUCCUGAUCAGCUGAAGAGCUCACAUUGUCAAGUUCCACUUCAGGAUAACAGCAGUGACUGCGGCCUGUACCUUCUUCAAUAUGUUGAGUGUUUUUUAAAGGACCCUGUGGUGCACUUUGAUUUACCUCUGCAGCUUCGAAAAUGGUUCUCACGGCAGGUGGUUCGGCAGAAACGGGAUGAAAUCCGAAAUCUGAUCCUUAACCUUUACCGGCAUCAGAACCUGGACAGUAAAACUACAUGAAGCAGCUCUGCUGCUCAGUGCAUCACAUUCCUGCAUCCGUUAAACGGCAUCGCUCAUACUGAGCUGAAGACAUUUUUAUUUCAGCGUAAACUGGAAAAAAGUUCCUUUCAAAUAUUAUUUGUCCACGUCUUAAAAAAAACAACCAAACAGCCAUUUGUAACUGAAUAAAGAAUUGGCAAGUAAAAAUUAAAUUUCUAGUUUCACCCUUGAAGAUUUAGAAACCCUGACAUGUUACAGAUUUUUUUUUUCUCUGUUUAGUGGUUUUUGUAAAAAUAACUGGCAUUUAAUUUUUUUUUUGAAGUUGCAUCUUGAAAUUGGUCUGACCUAUUUUAUUUUUUUUUUUAAAUGGGAUAAUUGUAAAACUAAAACACAAUAACGGGACAAUGGUAACCAAAGGAACAUUGAGCACUAUCGGUUUACCUGCUUUGCCGUCGUGUUGAAAUCGUUAGUUUUGUUUCAGUUUUCAGUGAAAGACUUUUCGGGUAAUUGUAAGGGUUUUAUUCCAUCUGUCUGUGCUAACCGGGAUUUAAACCUCAGGGCUUUAAUGCAGACGGGAAGCAUCCAGCCAGCAGUCACCUCUCUGCUUGUUCUGUUCACGUUUACGGCACGCCAGCACCGAUCCCGCUAUAACAAAAGUAUUCCCUCACUCAACGUAAAUUUACCAAAUUAGUGGUUGGAAACCUUCUUGAGAUGAACUUUUAUUUUAUUUUCACAUUUGCCUCUAGCUUCAUUAUUGUACAGGACAGAUAUAUAUUUCGGUACAGAUUUUUGUAUUAUGCGUUGGCUGAACAGUGAACUGAUUUAUUUUUAUGCUUACAUUCACUAAAAAAAAAGACAUUGUUUAAAAAGUUUAAACCUAGAGUGACUUGGGCUGAGUUUGUUCUUUUUAGAUGAGCUGUUUAAAACCCCUUUACUGCUGUUGUGUAAAUUCCUAUUUCAGAAAUAACUCGUAUUGAUGUAGGUUUUGUUUUUCAUUCUGACAUCUUGUUUGUAAUUUUUAUGUUUAACACAGAACAUCUCUUAAAUAUUGUUUAGGAUGAUGAACGUUAAGAAGCUGAUCCCCUCCAAAUGUAUUUGGUUUUUGUUGUGCAUUAAAACUUUUAGAAACUAAAA